AUGUCUUCGCCUUUGCCAUCGCCCUCCUUUGUCAACUUCGAAACUGUCAAGGUGCCUAUCCCUUAUGACAAGGCACCUUUCUACGAGCUCCAUGGCGCUUGGCCCUAUAUCUGGCCUGCUUUCGAUACUUGGCGCAAUACCUGCGAUUGCCUCAACUCUGCCUUUGUUAUCGCUAUGUUCGAAGACUGCUACGGGUACUUGGAGGCUUUUCACACUCACAAUGACAACACCCUUAGCUUCCAUCCUGACACCAACUUGGUUCUGAACUGUUUGAUCCCUCUCCUUGACAUACUGGAGCCUGAGGAUUGGAAGACAUAUCAAAUAUUUGUCCCUGAUGUAGCAGACAACAUCAACUUUGAUAAGGCCGAGACGUCUUCCAAGGACGAGCCGACCAUCCACCCGGCUCCCGUUUUCAGGCCUCCUCCUCCUGCUGCCCAUGGGCUGCUCGAUGAGGGUGUCGCUGGCAUAGGGGCUCCACCCAAUGUCCUCAUGCAGGCAUUGGACAACCUUGGUCGCCCGACCUCCUCUUCCCACAUCCCUGCCUCCAAGAAGCGUAAGGGUGUCGAUCGUCCGGUCCCACCUCCUCCUCCUCAGAAGAGCAAGGUGGCCUACUCUCGCCCUGGUCUGCCUCUGCUGAUCAAUCGCGCUGCUAAGCCCAAGCCCCAUCCAACAACAUGGGCAGGGAUUGCACGACAGGCCGCUCUGAUGCCUCCUCCGCCUCCUGGCUUGGGACCGCAGCAUCGCAGGCCUUCCCCUCCCCCUCCCACAUUCCCAAUGGGCCUGAUGAAGACUUCUCCUCAUCGGUCCGUCCCUUCUUUCACUUCCGAGGGCCCCACCCGGAAGCAAGUUCUCGUGUCGUUCGGGGGUACCCCUCCCGAUCUCACGAAGUUCUUCACCAAGUCGGCUGUUCGUGCAGCCAACGGAUAUCUCAGGGAUGGUCGAUCUAUGCUAAAGGUCACCUCCAUCGUCCGUGCCUACGACGGUUUGUCAUUGGUCACCCCCGCUGUUGCCAGCCCGUCCGAUCUGGACAUCCUGUGCAACUUUAUUCGCGAAAGCCUUCCAACAGGUACCCCGUUCGAGGUCGCGCUUCCCUCAUCAACAUCUUUUAUAAAGAUCCUCGAUGUUCCCUACUUCGAUCCGAAAGGGUUGAAGAUCACCCAGGAGGCGCUUGAAAAGGCCCUCCAUACCUCGGUUCACGCUGAGGUCUUCGCAUAUCUGAGCACCAAGCCUCGGAUUGAUCGCAACUCGGCGCACUCGACUUCGUGCACCGUGUACUGCAACAUCUGGGACUCCCAGCAGGGAACCCGAGCCAAGAAGGCCUUAGGCCAACCGAUUUUCCUCGCUGGGCGGUCUUGCGCUAUCAGGCCCGCUGCGCGUCACACCGGUGUCCCGCUCUGCCAGUGCUGCUGGAAGUGGGGUCACCCCACCGUCACCUGCAAGGCGAAACAGCUCUCCUGCCCCAUCUGCUCGGGUCCGCACGAGCAGAAGGAGCACCGUCAACAUGCGGGAUGUUGCAAGGGCAACGCGAAAGCAAAGCCUCCUGUGCCGCCCACCCCUCACGACCAGCCUUGCCCCCACAAGGGCCGUUGUGUCAACUGCCACAAGGACCACACCGCCAACUUGGCUUCGUGUAAGUUCUGGGCCCACCGCUACGACCGUGAAUGGAUCAUGGCCGAGUAUCGUCAGGUACAUGAGCACGCUGCUCGCCGCCAACUUACUAACCCCCGAACCUAG